AUGUAUAAUGUGGACACGUUUGGGGAUUUGUUUCUAAAAUUUGACAUUACUAAUGACGUAUCCGCAGAAGAACGCAAACAAGAAAUAAACAAGUCAACCAGAUUUGCGCUUCCCGUGGACGAUGAGGCUAUCCAGAGACUGUUGUUCGACACGGAGAGUGCCAACACCUGGAAGAACACAAAACAGGCGCUCGGCGUCUUCGAGGAUUGGCGUGACCAACAAGUGGAUGACAUUCCUGAUUUAACUCAUUUCAGUGUUGAGGAUAUAAACAAGUGGCUUUCGAGACUUUUAAUCGAAGUUAGAAAGGCGGAUGGAUCGCCCUACCCUCCCAAAUCGCUCUAUUCGAUACUAGCGGAGCUGCGUAGGUUUUGUCGUGAAAACGGAAAUCAUAUCAACUUUCUGGAUACCAAAAACAGUGAGUGUUAUUCUUUUCGGAAGAUGCCCAAAUGUCGAAAUUAA